UGUAAGGCUAUACAGCUUCUUCAACACAUCCAGUUAACUCUCGGGACAGGGCAAGCUCGAUUCAAAUAGUCAUUUUACCUGUUAAAAAGGUUAGACAAAAUGAAAAAGUUAGAGCUUAUGUCCUUUUCCCAAAUGCAAUUAAUGUGCAUUUCGCCAUUUUGUGGUCAUUCGUUAGGCUUAAAAACCACGGAUCCGACUUUAGUACUAACACGGGAAUAGAUAUUGCAGUAGUGGGUGAACCAAGGUAGGCAACUCGUGCUUCUUUUCAGUAACGAUAGCGUUUGAAAGAAGAGUUCAAAACGGACGAAUCGUUCGCGGCUCGCACAUUAAACACAGCGGCUAGCGUCAACGCUGCUGGAGUCCAACACUGAGGGUGACAGCAUAAAGCCCUAGCCGCGGUGAUUCAACAUCAGCAUCCACAGUGGCUCCUCUGUGGCCUGCUGCUGCGGCGGGUACCAGCCACACAAGCUGGAAUAUGGGCUAGCUAUUGCCUUCCAAACACCGAAUGCCUGGUUUGCAGGGGUGUGGCCGGUCAGCCAGCCACUUGCAGCCCUCUGUUGCCAUGGAUGCCUGUGCUCGUAUUAGAGGAGUUCCCAUAAGGUCCAGGGCUUCAGUCCGUAAAGAGACUGUGCGUGACAGCGGGGCUCAGUGUGUGAAGAGCCUCUUUAGGAAUAAAAAGGAGCUUUGCUGCGUUGGCAUAGAGCUGCAAGCCAGAGACGUGACAAGACUGACAGAGAUUCAUUUUGUGUGUCUGCCUGGGCAGUGUGAAGGGGAAGAUGUCACCCAACAGGCUCUGUCAUCUCUGCCAGGAGGGCUGUGUGAGCUCCUCAGGUCCCUCCAUGUUCACAGCCUCAAGAAUGACGAGGUUCUGCUGCUCAAAGACUCGCGAAGGCUGGCAGAGCACAAGGAUGCUGGGCCUCAGUGCUGGUUAAAAGCUGUGUGUGUGCUGAGGCAUAAUCCCAGCAUGAGCAUCUACACUCAGGCCAGUGUAGGAUCUUUGAUGGGUUUGCUGGGGUGCUACAUGGCAGGUAUUCGCUAUGCGUUGGAGCUUCAGGCUCUUCAGAGGGGCACAGCUGAGCCCAGCCAGCCAGAGGAGGAUGACACCAACCAGUCAGUCUCAUCAAUUGAGGAUGACUUUGUCACAGCCCUUGAGCAUCUGGAGGAAGACGACACAGGAGACAAUCCUACUGUAUUGUCCUAUAGCCAUUUUAAAAAGCGUGAUGUGGCAUCACAGACAGUACCAGCCCACAAGAGAAGAAAGGAAUUAUCAGGCUCCCGCGUUAUCAUAGGCUCAUCUUCAAAGAAGUAUUCAUCCAAAGAAAGGUCUGGCCCAGAUGUAUCUGUCACGGUGCAGAGGUCAUCAGGCGUGGAAUCCCAGUGGACUUACUGCAGUCCCGGAACUCGUCUUUCCUCGCCUUUGAUUCAUGUCAGUGAAUCAGAAGAGUCAGACUGCUCCAGCCCCAGCCCAAUCAUUUUCCUGGAUGAGGUCGGCUAUCAAAAGAGCCUGCUGGCCAAACUUGAUAUCCCCCAGGUGCCAGGGGGGCCCAGAGAGCGAGUUGAAGACUCGGACUCUGAAGUCAGUGAAUUCUUUGAUAGUUUUGACCAGUUUGAUGACCUGGAGGAGUUGAGCUCAGAGAGCUGCACUCUCGCACUGCCUCAGGAUGCUAUUAGUGCACCAACCUCACAGAAAAGGGCUGCUGAGUCUAGCACCAGUGGGUCAUCAUCCAAAUAUGUUUCUAGGGGCUGCUCCACCAAGGGUAUGAAUCCUCAUCGCUUUGACCAGCCCACUCUCCCAGCUAAUGUAAAAAAACCCACUCCUCUGAAACCAGGCUCUCCCUACUCACUUCACUCUGAGGUGCCUGACUCCCCUCGACCAGUGCAGACCCCCUCUGAGGAGAAUGGUGGUCCACUCUUUAGUCCUGUCAGCUCAUCCGCCUUCAGCCCUCUGGGUGACUGUAGUGGAACUCUGGAAUACUUCUGGAAGACAGAUGAGGAUGGGCAGGACAGUUCAGAGCUACGUAAACCCCAGGAUCUCUGCUCUCUGUAUAAGACCUACUCAGACUUUGCCAGCAGUUUGUCCAAAGAAAUUAUGGGGUCUGUGUGUGGCUACCAAUCUGCCGUCGACAUCAGUGACAACAAGAAUCUCAGUUGCGUCUGCCACAAGGAGUUCCAGAAUCCUUCAGGCUACCUGAUGAAGCUCUCAGAAAUACAAGAGACUGUAACAGUGGCAAAGCUGCAGAAGAAAUCUCAGUCUCUAAAGGAUGGCAUUCAGAGGUUUGCCACUGACUUAGUGGAAAUGAGCUUGGGCAGCGCCUUGCGAGACCUCCAAAAAGGUGUAUCCUCCUGCACCACAACCUUGUGUCACCUUGCUGCCAGGCUCACAUCCUCUGUAUUUCAAAUGGCCUUUCAUGAGAUUGGCAUGCGCCAUGCCUGUGUGUUAAAGGAAAGGGCAAUCAAUGGAUUAGCUGGGUUUCUAGUUGGAGAGGCUGUGUCUGGGGCAUUGAAAGACUUCCUGACAGUGAAAAAGCAGAUUUUCCACAGCACAGUAACACGUUUUGCUGCUGAUCUGGCUGAAGAGCUGGUGUUCGAAGGAAUUAUGGAAGUGUGCCAGUUCUCUCACCCCUCAACCCCUCUCACCCCUAGUGAUUGGUCCUUUGGCCACAGGCAAGAGGAAGAGGAGGAGGUGGUUUCCUCCUACGCUUCAGACUUGUCUGAAUCUGUAAUCCAGGAGGCCUUCAUAGAGCUUUCUCAGGCGGAUGUUGCCUUUACUAGUGAAGCGGCUAUUAGUGUGUCUCUGGACAACAUCUGUUAUGUCAGUGCAGAGAACACUAGCACUCAGACGUGUAGUACUUUUGCUAACCAGCAGCUUUUGAGUUCUAGCUCAGCUGCAGCAGUCCCAGGUGUCCCAGGAGAGGAUGCUACCUGCACAGUGAAGAAAGCUCUAUUUACAGUUUCAGGCAUGGCCAGCUGUAUUCCUGUGCCCCAAGCAGGCCAAGCCAUCUCCCACCUUCAUGAGUCUGAGGAGACCUGUCAGGAUCAGUCUAGCUUGGUAGAUACCCCACAGGCCAGCCCUAAAAGAGUAACCAUAUCGUCCUGUGACACCGCCACGUCUACACAAACUCACCUUUACAGUCAUGGAACUCAGACAGCUAUAUCUGGAGGAGACCCCUCUCAAGCAAAGUCCCCAUUCCAGAACUUCUCUGGAAACAUGGUGGAUAUGAUAGUAACUGAGGCUUGUGAGCUAAUAACUGCUUCUAAGAUGAAGAAGAGUUUUGGUGACUGUGCUGAUUUCCUCACAAAGACAAUCGGAAGCAGAGGGAGCUCUUCUUCAAAGCAGGAUAUGGCUAAUUUUGAGGCUUCAUAUGAGGAUUUCCCUACAAAGCAGGGACCUGUCAGGCAGAAUUUGAGAUAUGACCGGAAAGAGACUGAAUAUGUUAUCAAGGAAAGCCCUGUUGAGCAAGCAACAGACUGUAGCAUUCCUCACAUUUCAUUUCAAAGUCAGGGGAGAGACAGCUGUGAGUUGGACCCCAGGACCAGAAGUGUGGCUGAAACUCAUUCUGUAAUGAUGGAUAGUCUUGAUGUGCCUGGUACCGAGACGGGUUCUCAAAGAGGGACAUCUGUUCCAGGGGAUGAAUCGGUUCCAAGCUCUGGUCAAAAAUCUGGUGGGACUCCUGGCACUCCUCCCUCUACCCCUCAGCAGCCCAGUGAGGUGUCCCAGGAAAAACAAAUAAAGCAAUUCUCCAAGAAGCUGAAAAGCAAGCUUGCCAAGGAAUUCUCCCCUGCUACUCCCCCACCCACCCCUCACUAUCAGCCUGAGCCUGGCCCAGGCCCAAAAGACAUCACUCCUGAGGCAGACAAAGCUGAGUUUAUGCUCAAAUUGAUGAGGUCUCUCUCUGAGGAAGCGGAUGGCAAUGAGGAGGAAGAGGAAGAAUUAGCAGAAGAGGGUUGUGUAGGUGGCACUAAUAGAUGUUUAGAGACAGGAGUUGGCCGGCAUGAACUGAGUCAGAUGUCUGCACGCAAAAUGUCCAAUAAGGAAGCUCUCCACUAUGCUGAGAGGCUGGCAUGUCAUAUUGUCUCUAUGGCAACAGAAAUGGACACUCUGGGAGUGGCAGAGGAGGAGGGGGAGAUGAGUAAAGGCAGCAAGGAAAAGAGAGACAGUGUUGCUCAGUUCUCAGAGCAGACCCUGAACACCUUGUGGGUGUAUGCUGGCGAGGUGGCAGGAGAGGUCAUCAAUGAUGUGAAGAGGAUGGUGAGCUCUGCACAGCAGUGUCCAUAUCACAGAGCUCUAAGGAGAAGAAGUUUUGACAGAUCUAGCUCUGAAUGUCUGCAUCACCACCAUCAACACCAGCCUCAAUCAAGUAUAGACCAGGACAGAAACUGGAGGGUAGGAAGGUUGGCUGAGCAAUGGUCUAAUGACCUGAUAGCCUCCGUAUUCCAGUCUCCUACAUCCACGUCAAGCACUAUUUCCAGCUCUAGCUCUGGCCUGUCUUCGGAGUAUCCCAGCUGUGAGAGUGUGACAGAUGAAUAUGCUGGUUACCUCAUCAGAGUAUUGAAAAAGGAGGGAGGCAGUAGGGAGUUGGUCUUAGACCAGUAUGCCAGCCGUUUGGCCUACCGCUCUAUAAAACUAGGCCUGGCUCAUGCCAGUCGCAAGAUCAAGCAGAGAUCAUCCGGCACCCGUCUUCACUCCUCCAAGUCACUGCCGGACGAAUGGAAAAUUUGUGGUAGUGACACAUUGUCAUCCAAGGACAGAGUAGAUUCAGUGGUUCGUCCGUCAGGUGAAUAUGCUGAGUGUUAUUGUCGGGAAUCUGAAGACAGCAGUCAGAGGGAGUACAUGGAUAUGGUAAACUUUGCAGAGUCUUUAGCUUACAAUAUCACCUGCGAUGUCACACGCAAACUACAUCUUUCCUCUGUGCGGCUGCCUAAGUCUCUCACGGAUUCCUGUCUUUAUAAGAAAUCCAAACUUGAAGACAUGGCAGAAAAUCUCAUCAGGAACUCUUUCUCCUGUCCUCUGUUGUCCAAGGAGGGAAAUAGCAAGCAUUACCACAGUACAGGAAGUCUGUAUGAUGGAGGCUACAGGAGUAGGGUGAUGCAGGUCAUUGAGCAUUAUGCCAGGAAAAUAGUUGAUGACACUCUGAAGAUGAGCCUGGCUUCAGUUGGACAUUCAUCCCGUGAGCACCAGAGGGCCCAAGGCCAUGACAGACACUCUCACACCCAGAGAUUGUCUGAGGUGCCAGUGCCAUCACUGGGCCAAGCCCUGGGAGAGAGGACAUGUCGUUAUUGUCAGAUCCAGGAGUGUUCGUAUUGUACCAGACUUAACAGGCACCACCACCAUCCAGUAUUACAGAGGAGGAAAAGGGGGCCGGAAUGUCAGGCAAGGGCUGAGCGUCUAUCUAGCCUGGAGAUUCCAAAGAUCCACAUUGACCUGGACCACAGGGCAGCGCUUGCUGAGGAGAUGGUGACCAUGGCAAUGGAGACAGCUAAACGUGAGCUGAGCAACACCAGUCUUAAUGCCGAUAGUGGCAUUGGCCAUGAUGGGACCAGCUAUGCUGAGAGCCUAACUGCUGAGAUUAUGACGUCAGCCCUGUCCAACAUCUGCCAGGCUACCAACAUCAGCUUUCCAGGAAGGGAAGUCACAGAGUCCUCAGUGUCCCAACAACUGAGUGUAGGGGAUGACAGUCUGGGCAGCUGGUCUAACUUGAGCUUUGAGGAUGAGCACCCAGAUGACAACAGCAGCUUUCUCCACCUCAGUGACAGCAGCAAUGGGAACAGCAGUAGCUGGAGCAGUCUGGGCCUGGAGGGGGAGGCGUGUGAGGAGCGCCUGUCUUUCUCUCCCUCUGACAGUGACAACACAGAGGACAAGGAGAAUGAGGUUAAAGAGGAAUCCAGUGGGACUCUCUGUAUGGACAGGACUCAGGUGCAGGCUCCCAGGUCUGCACUGGUUAUAGUAAACUCUGAUGUCAGGGAUCUUGGGCGUGGCCCUCCACACGUGACCCUGGACCCUCAGCUCAGGAGCAUGUUGCAGUGGGUGGCAGCCUCCUUGGCAGACAUCCCUCAGAUACAGCUGAGUCUUGACAGAGAGCUCCAGCAGCUCCCAGCGGUGGUCCAGAGACUUCGGGAGAAGAAGUGGAGAGUUGGAGAGCUGCUGCACACACUGCUACGCUACUGUGAGGAGAGCCAGACACACAGUCAGUCCCCGGCCAGAGAGGAGCCACUCCAGGCGGGCAGAGAACUCCACCACAUCCCCCUCUUCCAGUGGCUUCUGGAGCAUGCCUAGGGCAGCUCUUCUUUUUUUCUUCUUCUCUCCUCUCUGUCCUCUCCUCUCCUGAAUUCCAAACAGGGCUUUGCAAACUCCACAGCCCCUAGAGGGCGCCAUACCAAUCAGCUGAUCUAUCUUGCUUUGAUGAAUGUGGGCGGUAUGUGGUUUGCAUUGCAUGCUGUGACCAAGAGUACUUCUGUUGUAUUUUAUGUCUGUCCACCUUCUGUUUUGUUGUUGUUUAUUAUUAAUGGGCUGCAUAUGCCAUGUUUUGAUUUAGUGACCUCUCUCUCCUGCCCUCAUACAUUUCUGAAUUGAAGCCCUCACACCUCACUGCUGUUGUGCUUGAGCUACAGAAAGAAAAGGAGAGAAGAGGAUGAGAGAGGGACCCAUCCCAUCUGUUCCAGACAGAAACCAAUGAGUUGAGAGAAAGAGAAUGUGUUUUUUGUUAGGGAAUCCCCAUAGCUGCUGGGUGGAUGAUGUCAUCACACCCACAGCUCACCUCUGUGGUGGUGUUUUCACAUGUUAAGAGACAAACUGUGCGCACACAUAUACCCAACACACCACACCCUAGUGUUAUCAGAGGAAAUCUAAGACACAGUGACACUCAUCAACAUCCAACACUAUUAUUCCCCUAAAGUAUUUCAUUGUUUUAUUCAACUGUUCAGAGUGACUGUGCUUGUCAUUCAAAUUUUGAUCCAGUGAGGUUUUUCUCUGAAGCACUGACUGAGGUGUAAAGACGCUGGUGUAAAGACUCCUCACAUUUGACCAAUAUGCUGCCAUAUAAACAGAUCAACUGUUUAAGUUUAAAAACCCAUAUCUUUAGUCAUUUUGCAUUGAUGAUCAAAUGGGCCCUUCAUUUGGCAGUAGAAUAAUAAAUAGCGCUUGAUGAAGUUGCCUCUUUGUCAGUAUUGAUAUUCAUGUUAAAUCUAAUACUGUAACACUGCUUGCCUAGCCUCAAUCUACUUUGUUGUCAAACUUAGUAAAAUACUUAGAGUGGAUGAUGUUUACUAGGGCGGUUGGUACUAAAUAAAGAAAAGUCUAUUUUUUGAAGGUAGAGUAUGUCUAAUCAAACAUGAAAUGCUGCUCAAAGCUAUGAAAGAAGCCAUGAAAUUGGCUUAAUGUUGCCAAAUGUAGCGCAUAAGGUGACUCUGCUCCCCUCCUGUCAGCAGUCAGUGAAUGAUUCCCUGGCAAUUUACUCAGUGGCUCAUGUCCAGUUUGGGGAAGAUCCAGUGACGCAGAUAGUGGAUCUUGUAGUAAUUAAAGACACCCCACCGACCUGCACCUCCAUAACCACAAACUAACAGCUAACAUUGCUCAACCAUGGAGUCACACGUCUUGUCACCCACACUCCACAGUCACCUUGUGGAAUGAAGAAUCCUGAAUACCACAACUUCCACACAGCACUAACCCCUCCAACACACACCCGUGUUACUCACCAGCCCCCAUGAGUAUGCACAGCACUACCAGCUACUUGCUGAGAAGCACUUUUUUCAUUUGGCCCAUGGCAGAGUGGGCAUUUCCAGCCCUGACUACUUCUGUGAAUUCAUUCCCAGCGUGGCUGGUCUGCUCUGCUGUCAGUUAGCAUACAUGCACAGUAAGCCCCCCCAGCCCACCCAAAGUAAAAUGAUUGGGAUAGAUUUUGCCAUUGCUAUUUAUUUGUGUUUUUAAAUUGUGGGAUCUUAGGAUGACACAAUGCGUAAGGUCCUCAGAUUUAAUCAGGACUUCCUUUGUUAGUUUGCAACACUGUAAUAUACCACAGCCUCGCAUCUAUUAUGAUAAACUAAGUGUUGGUGGUGGUGUUCACCUGCAUGGCUUAAUCUUGACUUUUAAAGCUCAACAUUAAUCUUCUUGAUGUAUUGGCCUCCACUUAUUGAGCUGCAGUGAUUUGUCUGUGUCCUCACUGCCUCACAGUAUGCUAUAGGUCUCUGCAGAUGCCUUGUCUGUUACUGCUUAAUCUCUAGGCUGCCAAAUGGCCAUAUAAUCUUAAAGGUGUUUGUCCUGUAUGAUUUGUUUACAUGCAAAAAUUAAUAUCACAAAUUCAGUAUUUUUAAAAAUAAAUCCAAGUUAUACCUGCUAUUGAGAAUAAUAGCAGAAUAGAACACAGUGAAGUAUUAUUGAGAAGAGAGAGAGUUCAUACAUCGUGGUUUACAUUAAAGGAAUGUAUUAAGAGUCAUGGACUUGACACAUGAAGAAGCAUCAUUGUACAUAUUCUCCCCCAGUGUGAAUGUUUAGUUGUUGAAGUAGGAUUUGCCCAGGUUGUUCAUUUCCCUACCCUUGUCCAUGUUUUCUUUAUCUACAUUCCUGUGCACCCCACAUGACCUAUAGCACUAUAUUGUGUUUGUGAAAGCUGAAUGUGUUCCUGCAAAGACUCUAUUUAGAAGCAGAUACUGUAAAUCUGUUUUGCUACUGUGGUUCCCAGUGUUUCUGCCUCUCUCUGAACACAGGCAGGAAAACUGAAAAAAAAAGAGAGUACCUCACCUCCACUAACUUCUGUACUUUUUCCUGCUUCCCUGUAAAAUCCUUCCAAAUAAAGAUAUUUAAUAAAUUAUGUAAGUUAUAUAACAGUGAGUUCACUACUUGUUCUCCCUAGUGGCGUUGCUAAAUAGUUUUCACAUUCUAAGCUUGAAGUCAAAAAUUCUAAAUUUGUUUAUGUAAAAGCUUGGUGUGACAAUAAAGCUUUUUCAUGUGCUCUUA